UCUGAAGUGAUCAAAUGAAUUACACAUCUUCUUAGGAGCUGCCAGAAAGCCACCUUGUCUUACACAGCAGCUACUACUGCUCUACUGGGAGCAAUAGGGUCACUCCUAAUCAUUCCGCCUGAGAGGAGGAACACAUCACAUCCCCAAAACUAGCACCGAAAAAUUACUCAAUAUCCUAUUUCUAUCCUUCACACCUCACUAUCUUCUUCUAUUCACUCAAGGGGAAGAAAGUUGGGAGAAUCAUUUUGUUGCAAGAAGAAGGAAUCACGAGAAUCUCAAGAAGUUGAUUCUUCAUUUCGGAUUCCUUGAGGUGGGCAGGGGCUCAGGGUCUCAUUUAAUGAAGCACUACUUUAAGAUGAUGCAACAAAGAAUGAUUUUUGCCUAGAAGCUCCUCUAUCCCAGUCAACAUGGAAAGUCAAAAUUUCACUGAACUGAAUAAUUCAUUUUUCCAAGACCCAGCAGGGAAUGGCAUGGAGUAUCAGGUGGUCACAAUUUUCUUGGUGGUUUUAAUCUGUGGAUUUGGGAUUGUUGGCAACAUCAUGGUGGUUCUAGUAGUUCUUAGGACUAAGCACAUGAGGACUCCAACCAACUGUUAUCUGGUGAGCCUUGCCAUAGCUGAUCUAAUGGUCUUAGUGGCAGCAGGACUUCCCAACAUCACCGACAGUGUCUAUGGCUCUUGGGUCUAUGGAUAUAUGGGAUGUCUCUGCAUUACUUACCUGCAGUAUUUGGGUAUCAAUGCUUCAUCUUGUUCUAUCACUGCUUUCACCAUUGAAAGGUACCUGGCAAUUUGUCAUCCUAUCAAAGCUCAAUUUUUAUGCACUAUUUCUAGAGCAAAGAAGAUCAUUGUGUUUGUUUGGGUCUUUACCUCGCUCUACUGCAUGAUGUGGUUCUUUCUACUUGACCUCAAUACGACUGUCUACAGAGAUGCCACCGUGGUCAGCUGUGGCUACAGAGUCAACCGGAGUUAUUAUUCUCCUAUCUACUUGAUUGAUUUUGGUAUAUUUUAUGCUGUACCGAUGACAUUAGCGACUGUGCUUUAUGGACUUAUCGCAAGGAUUCUAUUUCUAAACCCCAUACCUUCAGAUCCAAAGGAAAACUCGAAGACCUGGAGAAACGAAUCAACUCAUCAAAACAAGGUUUACAACUCCAAGAUGUCUAGUAGGUGUUCGAAUAACACAAUAUCCUCCCGAAGACAGGUCACCAAAAUGUUGGCUGUGGUGGUGAUUCUGUUUGCGUUUCUGUGGAUGCCCUACAGGACCCUGGUAGUCGUCAAUUCUUUUCUGUCCAGCCCCUACCUUGAAAGUUGGUUUGUGCUGUUCUGCAGGAUUUGUAUUUACCUGAACAGCGCCAUCAACCCUGUGAUCUACAAUCUCAUGUCUCAGAAGUUCAGAGCCGCUUUCAAGAAACUCUGCAAGUGCAAGAAGAAGCGGACGGAGAAGCCGGCCAAUUACGGGGUGGCUCUGAAUUACAGUGUGAUCAAGGAGUCGUCCAACGGGGGCAGCCCUGAUCAUUUCAGCACCGAGCUCGAUGACAUUACUGUGACAGACACCUACCUGUCCGGUGCAAAGAUGUCCUUUGAUGACACGUGUCUACCUGCAGAUGUCACGUACAGCGGUACAUAGUCAACCACUGCAUGUAACGGUUGUUUAUUCAAAAUAUAAAUCUAUAACAUACAGAGGUAGCAGAGUUUGUUAGAUGCAAAAGAAAUGAAUUUAUGGUUGCAACAACUCUUAUGUGGGGUAUUUACAUGGGACCAUUUGCCAACCCACAGGUUUGAUGGCAGACCUCAAUGGGCCAGACUAGGCUUUUUCACAUGGUCCUGCCUAUGUAUGAUGCUCCCAGGACAAGCACCAUCACAGUAUAUUAUGUACUUAAUAAACCCGAGAGCUACAUACACUUCUCUAUCGAAGAUUAGCUCUGCUACCUCUGUAUGUUAGAGAAAAUUAGUGACAAUCAUGAACACAAUACAUAAUCUCAGCUUCUGCUGACUGGAGGGUUUCCUCUGACUAUAAGGGGUACUUUACUGCUGUAACAAAAAUGGAUUGGACAUGAGCCACUCAAAUUUUUGAAAUCAUUUACACUGAUUGGGCAUAACAUUAUAAUUACCCCUCAAAUAUCGUGUAGAUCCCCCAUGUGCCGCCAAAACAGCUCUGACUCAUCAUGGGUCUAAAGACCUCAAGAACCUGUCAAGGGUUUAAAGGGGUCCUCAAGAUCCUGUAAGUACUUUAGGUCGUGAGGUGGGACCUCCAUGGAUUAGAUUUUUCCAGCACAUCCCACAGAUGAUCGAUUGGAAUGAGGUCUGGAAAUUUGGAGUCCCAACCUCUUUGUCAUGUUCCUCCUUCCUGAACAAUUUCUGCACUGUGGCUGGGACAUUAUCCUACUGAAAGAAGCCACUGCCAUUAGGGGGUCUCAUAAAGGGGGUAGACUUGGUCUGUGCAAGGUACUUGGUCUGUGUAGGUACUAGCCACAAAAUACUAGGAACACCUUACAAGUCCUACCAUUUUUUAGGUGCUCAGAAUCUGUGAUGUAGCAAUCACAUUCUGCCCCUUGUUAAAGUUGCUCAGAUCCUUACACUUUCCCACAUCAACUUUAAAGGGGGUAUUCCAGCUUUAUACAUCUUAUCCCCUAUCCAAAUGAUAAGGGAUAAGAUGUAUGAUCGCAGGGGUCCCGCCACCAGGGACCCCCACGAUCUCAGUGCAGCCCCCAGUAUUCUGUGCCGGGCGCUGCCUCCAAAACGGGUAUGUGACGUCAUGGCCAUGCCCCCUAGUUCUAUUACGUCAUGCCCCCUCCAUUCAUACCUAUAGGAGGGGGCAUGACAGCCUGUGGAUGGGGAAUAAGAUGUAUAAAGCCGGAAUGCCCCUUUAAGAACUGACUGGUCUACCUGAUAUAUCCUAUUCUUUGGCAGGUGCCAUUGUCUUGGGUUAAUACAUCAGACAUUUUAUGGCUGAUCGGCAUAAAAACUUGUGGAAAAUGAAGAAACAUCUAACUGUACACAGUUACAGGAGUUAAUGAAUUGUGUUAUAAUGACCCUUGUUAUCACAAAACACCAGCACUGGGAUCUAAGAUUCAAAAAGACACCAGCAGGUCUGAUCUAGGGCCUAUAGUAUUCGCUCUACACUUUCUGCAGCCAUUACUAGGAAUCUUAUUGCUCCCAUUGAGCUCAAUACUGUAUAUUUCCAGUUAGCUCCCCCUAGUUGUGGCUGUAGGUAGUCAAAUUAUUUUAUUUUGCUUUAUGUGUAAAAAAUGCAGCUAUGGUCAAUAUAAAGAGAUAUUGGGGGAGAUUUAUCAGUCAGUCUGAAACCCUAAUUGCCUGUUUUUUCCCAUUACAACCAAUCACAGCUCAACUUUCGGAUCUUAACGAGCUCUUGUAAAGUGAAAGUUGAGCUGUAAUUGGUUGCUAUGGGAAAAACAGACAAUUAGGGUUUCAGGCUGAUUGAUAAAUCAGCGCCAUUAUGGUGGACACAAAGUCAAUGGGGCUCUUCGAUAUUUUUGUAUGGACCCCUGUCCAUUAAUGUGUCACAACUCAAAUGUUAUGAUGCUUACCAAAUGGUACGGUAUCCCACCUAUCGAUCAUUGUUUUAUUGCUAUGACAUAAAUUUGUGGGCAUCAUAACAAACCUUUGGCUUGACCUGAAAAGAGUUAUAUUUCUUAAAAAAAAAAAAACAAUAAAGAAGAGAAAUCCUGAAACCACCGUAACAUGCAGCUUUUCAAUGGAACUGGCGUCUACUAUAGGACUAUGUAUGCGCUUGUGGUUCUAAUUGCAUUUGUGGUGUUUAUGUUAGGUGCCUCCGUUUGAUAUUUCUCUUUUUACUUGAGAGAGUUAUAUUUCUGUAAUUCAAAUACAGUGAUCCCUCAACUUACAAUGGCCUCAACAUACAAUAGUUUCAACAUACAAUGGUCUUUUCUUUACCAUUGUAACUUGAGACCAGACUCAUCAUACAAUGCUACGGACAAUCCAGAUCUGUAAAACAUGUCAAUGGCUGGAAGAACGACCAAUCAGAAUGGACAUUUUACUGGUAAAACCCCUGUAUUACUGAAGUGUAUGCACUGAAUUUCUGUCUGACAGCGCCCCCUACAGCACGGGGUGGUACUACAUGUUCUGUACUACUCUUUACCUGUGCCGGGGUUAGCUUCUUUGGACACCCGGUGAGGGCAGCUUCAUAUUACUUAUUUGGACCCUGAAGAAGCUCCUGUCCUCUACAUAGACAGUGAUUCCAGCUCCCAGCAGGGUGUGUGCGGGUGUGUCUCCUGAGACUUCCAGCAGAGCAGAAGCAAGCAGAGAUUUCCAACAAGCCUUCCCCAGGUUUGUGGCAGAUUCCUGGGGAAGAAGCUCCUGCAAUGGAGCCUCGUGGCUCCACUCCCCGUUCCAGGCUGGCGGGAAGUGGAGUGAAAACCUCGACAGCCAUUGUUCCGGCCGGGAGAAGAUCGGGCAGAGUCUGCAGCAAUGCAGGCUCUGCUACCCAGGCUACGGGUGCCAGCCAGAGAUCCACUGGUGGAAGAAAGGCACGGAAAAGCAGUGUGGAGAUGUGGUCGGAGAGUGGGCCCGGCGAGUCCAGUUCCACGUACUGCUCCCGCAUGGCCGCAAGGUUUGCGGAGUACGAGCAGCGCGGCAAGGAGCUGAGGAUGGCCAGAGAGGAUCUGCGUGCGACCCAGAGUCUGAUGAGUACAGGAUCCAGAAAGAGCAAGCCAGAACUGAAGAAGAGGAUAACAUCGCUGAGGGGCGAGAUUGUGAAGCUGGAGGCGAGGAGAGCGGAGAUACUGGAGGGGAGCGGUCUCUUCAAGGAGAAGCUGAUCAACGGCGAUCGGUUUGCCGCCACGAAAUCCCCAGGUAAGGUGGAGGUGGAUGAUGGGGAGAGUAGUGGCGGCGAAGAUAGUGAGGAUGGUGGUGAAGAGGAGAAGAUGGAGGAAAGUGUGGGAGUUGUAGCUACUCCAGGUGACACCCAGACCCAGGAUAGCUACAUUGAGGCUGGACAGGUGGCACUUCCGCCAAGCGAGA